AAAUUUGAGACCCAUUUGAGUAUUUACUUACAUAUACUUAAAGCAAUUCCCUUUAAAUAAAAGAUCCGGUUCAAUACUAAACCCGGUUCAUCUUUCGAAUCAAUUCCAACGCGCCGCCAUACAGUCUUGAUCUCGCAAAUCUCAAGGCUCUCCACACAAACAGCGUCGUUCUUCGGCAUCUCUCUCUCUCUCUCCGCCCAAACCCUAACCCUAGAGUCUGGAAGCGUCUCUCCGAUGGCGUACCAGACCUCCAAUCACGAAUCAGGUUCCGAUUCAAAUAACCAAAAACGACUCUACAAUCCCUACAAAGACCUCGAAGUACCCAUUCGAAACCUCUACCAGCUCCCAACCUCACCCGAGCACCUUUUCGUCGAGGAGGCUGCCCGAAAGCACCGCUCCUGGGGAGAAACCCUAACUUUCCUCACCGGCUGCGGCUACCUCGGCGGAGCCGUUGCCGGCGCCGGCGUAGGUCUCGUCGAAGGCGUUAAAUCGUUCGAGUCAGGAGAUACCAUGAAGCUCAGAGUCAAUCGGAUUCUCAACUCGUCAGGUCACACCGGUCGGACGUGGGGUAACCGGCUCGGUGUGAUCGGGUUGCUUUACGCUGGCAUUGAGAGCGGGAUCACGGCCGCGAGAGAUACCGACGAUGUGUUGAACAGCAUAGCAGCAGGGCUUGGCACUGGCGUGUUGUAUCGAGCUGCGAGAGGGGUUAGAUCAGCUGCUGUAGCAGGUGCUGUUGGUGGAGUUGUGGUCGGAGUGGCUGUCACGGCGAAGCAGGCGUUGAAACGCUACGUGCCAAUUUGAGGACCAUCAUCACCUCUGUUUUGCAAGGUGUUGUUUGGGGCUAAAGCUGACUGAAGAAAAAUCUUCUGGUCUUCUGGGUGAGUUGUUGCUGCCAGUUAAUUUAUAUCAAAAGGAGGGAUAGCCUGCCGUUAUUUUCUUAUUUAUGUGUAGUAGCACUUAGAACUUUUUCUUAUAUGCAUAUGUUGUUAACUCAUAUAUUUAUGCAACCCAUGCUUAGUAUGUGUAUGAUUCCGCCAGAUUAUAGUAUCUGGUUUCUUCAAUAGUUAAAAUUUUACAUGACCUUUUGAUUA